AUGUCGGUUGAACUGCGCCCGAUGCCGAACUCCGGCGCGGUUGCCUCGGCGCCGCCGCAGAGUGAUGAGGAAGACGGAAACACCUUGAUCCACACUAUGCCGCCGACCGACAAGGGGGCUGCAGCAUGGAAGUUUUUGCUUUCCAGCUUCGUUAUUGAGGCACUUCUAUGGGGAUUUCCCUUGACCUUUGGUGUCUUUCAGGAAUACUAUUCCUCCCAACCACAAUUUGAGGGUGACUCCAAUAUCGCUGUCAUUGGCACGGUAUCCACGAGUAUCUAUUUCCUCGGAGCGCCGCUCGCUGCGCCUGUGGUGAAAAGAUUCCACCGAUACCAGAAGCACAUGGUCGUCGUCGGCUGGGCCAUGUGCGUCGCGUCUCUGAUCGGCGCGUCCUUUGCCACCUCAAUCGCGGGGCUGAUCGCAACCCAGGGUGUCUUGUACGGUUUUGGAUUUCUGAUGCUCUACUUCCCGGUGUUGCGGAUGUUGAACGAGUGGUUCGUCGCCCGGCGCGGACUUGCAUAUGGCGUUCUUUACGCCGGCGGCGGGUUUAGCGGUGUUGGGAUGCCUUUCCUGCUGCAAGUACUGUUGUCCAAGUAUGGAUACCAGACUACGCUCCGGGCUGUAGCUGUCGCUCAGUUCCUUGGGGUUGCGCCCAUUCUGCACAUGAUCAAGGGCCGACUGCCGCCGUCCCCUCACGGUGCCAUGCGCAUGUUCGACGUCAGCUUCCUGAGACAGCCCCUAUUCUACUGCUUCGCACUCUCGAACUUGUUCCAGGGUUUCGCUUACUACAUCCCGUCUUUGUAUCUGCCCUCUUACGCUAGUGCCAUCGGGCUUUCUGGUACCAUGGGGGCGCUUCUCUUGGCAGCGCACAACUUGGCAACCGUUUUCGGGCAGAUUGGUUUCGGAUGGCUUUCCGACCACACGAACAACGUCUUUAUGCUCAUCUUCGUCUCUUCUUUUACGUCGGCGGUGGCGGCCUUCACUCUCUGGGGAUUCGCCCACUCUCUGCCGCUGUUAGUCAUCUUUGCACUCGUCUUUGGCAUGUUUGCUGGAGGCUUCCUCAUCAACUGGCCAAAGUUUGGGGCGAUGCUUUCCGACGACCCGCAGCCUGUGUACAGCAUGAUGGCGUUUGGCAAGGGCAUCGGGAACUUGGCCACCGGCCCGAUUACUGCCGGAUUAUUAACCAAGCCGGUGAGCGGAGGGUAUGGGAUGGGCCGUUAUGAGUCGCUCAUUUUGUUCUUGGGCUCUUUCAUGCUUUGCUCUUCGUUGGGGGCCUUCGCUUGGCCUUUGAAGAAGCGAGCUUAA